GAUAGCACGGGGGCGAAUUUUGUAUGUUUAACGCGGUCUUUCGGCAUGACGUUCGGUGUCUAUAUCCUUGCUAACAUAGUAAAUGUUUUAUUCGCUGCUGGAGCUUGGUGUUUCCCGCUACGCGACUCGGGACCUCAGUAUGACAAUGGCUGGGGGCAGCCUAUCCGUCUCAGGCAUUUGUACGCUGCGAGGCGUGGACUGCAUUUGCAAAUCAACCCCGAUGGCAAAGUGGAUGGGUCUGUUCUCCAAAGCGCUAAUAGUUUAAUGGAAGUUGUACCUGUUGAUACAGGAUUUGUUGUUAUCAAAGGUGUAGUGACUUCCCACUACCUUUGCAUGGAUCAAAGUGGAAAGUUGUAUGGAUCGUCCACCUACGUCAAAGACAGCUGCUCCUUUGAGGAGCGAGUUCUUCCCAAUGGAUACAACAUCUACAUCUCAGACAAACAUGGCAUGGCAGUGACCCUGUGCAGCAGCUCGCAGAGGCGCCAGGACCAAGAACGGCUCCCGUCCUCACUGUCUCACUUCCUGCCAAUGGUGAGCACUCUGUCACUGGACCCAGUGAACAUUCAGCAGGCAGAACCUGAGGAAUCUGUCAACACAGAGCAGGGUCCACUGGACAGCAUGGACCCUUUUGGAAAACCGUCCUGGGUCUUCAUGCAUAGUCCCAGCUUUCAGUGACCGUUGCGUUUGUUGAUGUUCGUCAUCCGUCUUGAGCAGAGCAGGGAAUUGUAGAAUGGAUCUGGAAUUGCAAUAUGAUAGGAGAUAAAGUGCCGAACUCUCCUGAAGAAUCCCAUGCUCAAAUCCCAUAA